AUGGACAAUCGAAUCAUGAAGCGAGUGCAGGAGAGAGUCUUGCUGCAAGCUGAGCGAGAUGGACGUUUCUGUGCCCAGGAGACCGAGUAUCACUGCAUCACGGCCCCCGCAAAUGGCGGCAUCAAGACUCAGUAUACGGUAGCCAACGAUAGAGAGGAAGAGAAAGGCUUCUCAUCACGAUUCCUCCCUAAGAUAAGUACGGCCGAAGGUUACGAUCCAUUCCACAGGGAUCUGGACUGGGAGAAACCAUAUACGCUGCGGUGUGUCUUGCAAAGAACGCGUCCUCGACAUGUAAGCACUCGUCCGGACGUGCUGCCCUUUGGGAAUGCCGAAGAAAUGCGCGUUGUUUUCGAUAGUCUGGAUCUGCCGGCUUCAUAUUUCCAGAUAGCAGAUGGUUCGCCUGCAACUGCGAGGUCGGCUAUCAUCUGGAACGACCAUGGCAAGCCGGAGAGAUAUGAGUUGGUGGCGUACUGCGUAACCAAGCAAGGCGACUGGGGCAUGGCGCUCUCUCAUAAUGCUUCCACCAUGUCGACCGCGGCUUUCUGGAGCGUCGACGAACGAAUCGACUCCCAAGCUCUCACGCAAGACUUACACGACUUCCAAGACCACGCAGCCCACCCCAUGCUCAUCCCCUGCAUCAUGCUCUCAGCAGCCCUGCGCAUGGCCGUCCAACGCCGCCAUUCCAUCAAAGAACGCAUCUCCCAACUCGAAAGCACAAUCUCCGCUCUCCGCCACCCCGUCCUCUCCGUCGACGUCGACGAAGACCCCCCAGAUCUCGACCAUCUCUUUGAACUCCUCCAGAGCUGUCGGAAAGACCAAGCGAGUCGCAGAGGCCGCUACGACUUCUGGGACACGUUCCAUACCGCCAUCGAAGAAGGCUUCACCUAUGCCUCCUCCCUCGCCAUCAACAGGACCGCCCGCGACGACCUCUACCAAUGGUCCUCUCUCACCCGUCAACGUCUCCAAUCUCUCAAGGCACGGGAUAAAGACCACACCCACCGCGUCGACAACAUCUCCGCCCUGCUGCAUAAUCUCGUCCAGCAGAGGGAAAUCCGCCUGCAGUCCAGCAUCGCGAAAGCCGCGCGGAGAGAUAGCCAGGAUAUGAAAUUCAUCGCCGUCUUGGGUUCCAUCUUCCUGCCGGCGAGCUUGGUGGCUACGAUCUUGAAUGUUCCCGCUUUCCAAUUUGUCACGAAUGGAGGGGUUUUGUUUGGGGCGUAUGUGGGGAUUACGAUUCCGUUUGUCGUGGUUGUCGUGGUGCUUUGUGUGACAAGGCCGUAUUGGGUGACGUGGAGAGUUUGGGGAGUCCGGGGAAUCGAGCAGAAAGGGGUGGAGAGUGCAGGGGAGAAGGUUGAUAUGACAGUUCCGAGGCGAAGUUCCACAUUGGCGACUCUAGCAUGA